AUGGGCACGGCCGACCCGCCCGCCGCGGUCGUCCAGCGCCUCCAGGAGGAGCACCUGAGGAAGGAUGUGAUCGGCUACGGCUCCCUGGGCGAGGCCCUGGCGGCGCAGGGCGGCCGCGCCGAGGAGGCGUCGAAAGCGUUUGACGACGCGCUCGCGUGCUGCCCCGCCGGCGUGCCGCCGCACUUACAAAGAGCUUAUGCGCACUACUGCGGCGCGUACGCCGCGCUCUGUGAAGAAAAAGGCGACAGGCAACGGGCCCAGGAGCUCUACGAGCGCGGUUUGAGCGUGCACCCGACGUGCCCGACCUGCCUGGGCAACCUGCCUUUAUUUCUACAGAGCUGCAAGCGGCCAUCUCAUGAAAUCGAGGCCGCCUACAAAGCUUAUUUCGAUGCAUAUCCGGACUCGGUCGCCGUGCUCGUGAAGUACGCUAAUUUUUUACGGCACGCGCUGCGGGCCCCGGACCGCGCCGAGACCAUCCUCAAGAAGGCCAUCGGCAUAAGCGAGGACGCCGACGCGCUGGGCGCCUACGCCGUCCUCCUGCACGCCGUGCGGCCCCACGACCCGCUCACGGAACAAUUGUAUGGGAGAGCCGUCAAGGCGGACCCGACGGCCGUCAACGCGCUGUCGAAUUAUGGGCUCUACCUGAGCGAGAUGAAGCGCGACUACGCGAAAGCCAAAAAAAUCUACGAACAGGCGCUCACGGCGGAUCCCGCGCACGCGAACUCGUGUUAUAAUUAUGCGGUCAUGCUCGACUCGGGUUUGAAUGAUGUGGAGGGCGCGGUGCAGCUCUACGAGCGCGCCUUGAAGGCGAAGCCGACGCACGCCUACGCGCUCUACAACUUAGCGGUGGUCUGCGAGGAGAAGUUGAACGAUCAUGAAAGGGCGGGCUCGUUGUACGAGCGGGCCGUCGCGGCGGCGCCCCGCGACUCGCUGGCCGUCGCGGACCACGGCCGCUUCGAGGCACGCCGGGGCGCGGAUACGAAUGAUGCGGCCCAGGUGGAAAAGGGCGCGGCUUUAUUACGUAGAGCGUUGGAGCUGGACCCCGCGUGCGCCACGGCCCACGCGGCGCUCGGCGAGAUCUCCCUGAACGCCGGCGACGAGACCGGCGCGAAGCGGUGCUACAAGGACGCCAAGGCGAGCGACCCGCACGCGUCGAGCGUCCGGCGGCUCGGGGACCUGCUCAAGCGGCGUAAAAUGUGA